CGAUGAUGAAAAUAAACUACACCAAGCAGCACUAGAAUAUAGAGACUUUCAUGGCCGGAGCCCUCCCAAGGUGAAUACUCAAUUAAAUACAUGGCCAUGAGAAAACAGACAAAUCAAAGAGAGAACAUUAUCUACCACCCCUGCACUAAAUGAAGACGGCGCCUUGCAGUGCGGAAUGCAGUAUAUAACAAAACAAACACGGGCCAGUCACAAGAACCUGCCAUAAGAACUCGGGUUAUACUGGGACCAGGAGAAGCGGCUCAUCCCAUUCAAUAUCACAGAAUCAAACUGUUCAGCAGGCGUUGUGUCAAUGCUCCUUGUGUUUCAGGUGCUGCUGCUCACAACGUCUGGCGUGUUGCCUUCUUUCUGCACAUAGCUAACUAAAAUCCCAAAUCAGAGUGCACGGGAAUGCUUAGCUACAGCACAGAGAGAAAGCAGACAAUGCUGUUUUAUUCCCUCAAGUUCAGGGCAGCCGGGCUCCUUCUUCUGCAGGGUUUCCACUGCACUGCUUCGGCUGCAUGCUGGUAAACAGCCUCCUUCCAGCUGCUCUCCAUUCCAGAGUCCCAGUAAUUAUUCCUGCCUGUUAGAAUAAACGAAGGCAUUGCUGUGAUGCUGUGUACAGAAAAUACAUCCCCACACCUCGCCUGCCCCAGCUGUCUGAACAGCACAGAUAGAGGCGCUUUGCAGCAUCUGAAAACCUUCCUUUUUUUACAUUAGAUUCGACUGGAUAAGGAGAAAAUGUCCACUUGUUAUUUCAGUUCUUCCAGGAGAAAAUACAAAACAGAUCUGCGUGAAACUUGACAUAAUUAUAGGGAUUGAGAUGAAUUAGUGAAAAAGCUGCCUAAAGAAUUCUAGAGUCUCCCCCCUGGAGGUAUGCUUCUCUACACGAUGGAAAUGCAUCCCAGAAGCAUGUGGGGGGAUUGCAAAACAAAUGUAGAGAGCAUGAUAAACUUUAACAAGGGAACCCAGCUUGGAGAUGACAUUAAAAGAUGCAUACUGUUAUUGCAUACUGGCGCCUUUGUGGCUCACCCAGUGACUGCCUUGGGGGAGCUGCUUUCUGAUAAGGGGAACACAGAACAUGGGUGAACAGAGAGCAAGGGAUUGUAGCUUGGUAACAUACAGGUAUUCAUACCCACCAAUCACAGCGCCUGGAGGUGACAUCAUCCUUAAGGGUGUGCGCUGCCUCAUCCAUGACGAGGACUACACUGAGUGCACCUGGAAGGAGACGGGCAGGCCAGACCGCAACUACACCUUCCAGAGCAGGUACAGGACAGGCGCUGAGUAUGCAGAGUGCCCGAGUUACACCCAGGUGGAGGGCUACAAUGUGGGCUGCAGACUGGAGUACAACUCCCACAUGCGCUUUGCAACUUUCCAAGUGCAGCUGUCCUCAGCCAACAACACGGCCAUCUGGAACAAAGACAUCUUCCUGAAACCAUUAGUGAAACUGUACUCCCCAGUAAACCUGACCGUGGUCAUCAGCAGCAGCAAUGGUCUGUACCUGUACUGGAACACCAGCAUGAGCAAAUCCCAGUGCCUGGAGUCCAUAGUGAGGUAUAGAAGCAGCGCGGACUCUGCCUGGCAGAACUCCCCAACAUUUACUUCUCAGAGGUACUUUAACUUGCUCUUUCCCGAUGGCGAUGGGCUGCAUGAGUUCCAAGUGAAGAUCAGGAUCAAUGAGUUCUGUGGCGCCUCUGACUACUGGAGUGACUGGAGCCAGCCUGCGUACUGGGGGAGCAAUGCCAUCAGUAAAGCAGGUGGAUCCACGGUGGGAUCAGGUCUACUCCAAGCUGCAGUUCUGCUUUCGAUUGGUUGGCUCUUGCUGUUUGAAGACUCUGUGAUUGGAUGAGCCAACAGAAGAGCCUGCCAUUGGCCGGUCGGCUGAGUGCGCCCCUCCCUCAUCACCGAGAGGAAUAAAUGCAUUUUCAGUAAAAGGCAAUGGGCUGGAUUUCUCAAAGACGUUUAUAUGGCAUUAGUGCAACACCAAUUACAAUUAUAACAGAUCAGACAACAGCUUAAGAACCCUUCCCAGCCCUGGCAUUACACGUGUCAGUGUUUUAUUUCUGUUCGGGUGACUUUAUUGGGUGCGAGUUCCCCUUAUCUGAAAAAACAAAACAAAAACCUCUAUUUGGAGUAAAGAGCUUUGAGAUUGUAGCCGCAGUGAGUCCAGCCAGUUAAAACACGCUGCUGUUAUUGCUCACCUGCAGUAUGAUAUGUAUCUGCAAUAUUCACAUUUUUACCCAUUAAAGAGCACUUACUGCAGUAUUUUACUGUGA